AUGCAAAUGGACUAUGGUCAGAACGGCAAGGUGAACAUUGGCAGUAUCGUACUGGGCUUCAUCUCCUGUGUGGGCAUCUCCAUCAUCGGAAACUCCCAGCAAUCUGUACUGAUAGGGAUCCACUUGUUGGGAGCGUUUUUGGCCUUCUUCGGGGGCCUGGCCUACUUCCAGCUGCAGGUGUGGCUCUGCUACAAAGCCCACCCCUUUAAAGACCGCCACUGUGUUGGACCUCUUCGAGCUACCUUCUGCAGUAUCUGCAGCAUCCUGGUCAUCACCAUGGCUAUACUUCAUAAUACCAGCUACAAAUCUGGAGCGGCCGUUUGUGAGUGGGCCUUGGUCAUGUCCUUCUUUGUCCUUUUUGGCCUCUUUGGGUCCGAGUUCCGUCACAUCGACUUCCACCAGCUCACCGUGCAGAAACAAGGUCUGAAGACACAGAUCACCAAUGGAGUGGUUUCAUAG